CACCUGACGCGCCACGUGACGAGCGACCAGCGAAGCAGGAAGUGCAUCGAGAAAACAAACCGAUGUGAGAUUUUAAACAUCCAGAGACUCGCCAUGCACGGUUUGUGUCACGGAACACGUGGUUUAAUAAAGCUGUGGACAAUCUAUGUGUCUCUCUUCAUUAACCAUGUGUCCGCCGGUAAAAUGAAGAUAGUCGAGGAGCCGAACACAUUUGGCUUGAACAAUCAUGUUCUGGCCCAAGGAAGCAGACUUCAACCCAAAGCGACCCCUUCUCCAGUGUCUGGCCCCGUGCAUUUGCAUGGGCUCGCAGGAAAGUGCUUCAGUCUCACAGAGUCGACGUAUAAAUAUGAAUUCUGUCCAUUUCACAACAUCACCCAGCACGAGCAGGCCUUCCGGUGGAAUGCCUACAGUGGGAUACUGGGGAUCUGGAACGAGUGGGAAAUGGCAAACAACACUUUUACAGCAAUGUGGAUGAGAGACGGGGACACUUGUGGAACCAGAAACAGAGAAACUAAGGUGGUCUUCGUCUGCAGUGCAAGUAGCAAGCUUGCUAAAGUCUCAGAGCCGAGUACUUGUGAGUACUUGCUGACCUUUGAGACGCCGCUUGUUUGCCAUCCACAUUCUCUUUUAGUGUAUCCAACACUGACUGAGAAACUGCAGAGGGAGUGGGAUGAAAUUGAGCAGGCUCGGUAUGAAGGUCUCAUUACUGAGCAGGGUUAUGCCAAUCUUUUGAGGGACAUUUUUGAAGAUGCUGGUCUCCUGAAGAGCCACAAAGUGAAGGUCAAGCUGCCAGAGGCUGCAGCCAGUUCCGACACACACAGCCCCUUACAGAAAUGCACUGAGGACUUUGAAAAGCAGAGAGAAGAGAUGGAGAGACUGCGCGCCCUCCUCACUCUACACAACAUUCCCUUUGAUUCGGAGCCAAAUGAAGCAAAAGGUACAGUGAGUGUGACAGUUAAGGAUCAACAACUAAGAGGAGACAACGGUCCCAUCGAUCUGCAGUAAAAUCAUCAACCGGAGCAAAUCAUGGCUUUGUGGCAUUUACAAGCACCCGGCUGGAUUUUAUUGAGCGGCAGAGACACUAUGACCAUUGCUGUCACUGGUGGGGGCACUGAAGGUUUAUUUAAAUAAGUGACUCUAUGAAAAGAAACUAACUUGGUGGAAAAGUGUGAUAUGGGUCAUGGAAGAACCCAUUGCAUUUUUGUGAGGAUCCGGAUUAGAGUCGGAUCUUGGAUUAUUUUUCUUUGACAUUGUGAGACAGGACAUUUUCUAACAUUCUCACUCUUUCCCAGGGGAUAAUGCAAGGAUCUUUACGGAGCUGGUUUCUUGUGUAAUCUGUUGGAGCUUGAUUGAGUUUGAGCAGACUGUUGGACUUUGGAAGCGAUAAGUACUGCACUUCUAGUUUAUUUUUGCGGCUGAAUAAAGUGGGCGAAAAGCAUUUAAAUGUCAA